GAACGAAAGGGAAGAGAGAGCAGGUCAGGUUAGGUUGUCUAUGCAAAGGAUGGUCGGCAUAAGUGAAUUAGACGGAGGAUGUGGGAAGCGAGAAGAAAAUACUGUUCAGGUUGAAAUUAAACAGCUGCUUAAUCAAGUAGGUUUCUAGUCUGUGGGCUUAGACAACAGUGGAAGGAAAUACAAUUCGCUCGACUGACCAUUCCAUUUGAUGGCCUGUGUCCAACUGAUGGCAGAAGAUGGCGUUGUGGUGUCCCUGGCGUAUUUAUGUUGAGACAUACGCUUAGGGAGUCUGGUGCCUGUCUUAUCAAAGCACUGUUUAUCUCAGGAGGCACAAGGAAUAGUGUUGGUAUCCUCCUUCGACUGGUGUGGACCAGGUUACGGUGGAGUGUGAGAACAGAGAUGAGGAGUCUCUUUAAGACAGGAGUCGUGGUAGAAAGUACAACGUGCUCUGAAUAAUGCGACGUCGAGAACAUGACGAUGGUAGCCAAGUUUAUAAAAGGAUCGACGUAGGAAAUCGAUCUCUCUACUCAGGUACUGGGGAUCACAGAUGCGGAGGAAGAGCGAGGUAGCAACUCAUGGAGCAAAUUGUACCAUUGUGCAUAGACUUCCAGUACAAGGGGAAUCAGAACUGAUCAGCAAGAAAGGGAGCUUGUUGUCAACCUCCUGUUCCACCGUAAAACGGUUGGAUUGAGAGAGAGAGUUCAUCUUCUUUAUAAAAUCCGAGAACAGGGAAGGUUCGUGAGGCCAGAGAGGAAAGUCGUCAUCGACAUACCUCAGCCAAACCGAAGGACGAUGGGAAGUGGAAGUGAGAAACUCAGACUCAAAGUACUCCAUGGACAGGUUUGCCAGUACAGGGCAGAGAAAAGAAGCCAAGGCGACACCGGACGUCUGCGAGUAGAAGCGAUCCUUCAAUGAAAAGGAACUGAACUCCACGCCCAAUCGAAUCAGCUGGAGGAAGAAGUCGGUAGACAGAUAAAGACGAGGAUCCUCGGGAUGGAGCAUCCUCUGAAGGAAAGUGAAGGAAUCACCAAGAGGGACUUUGAUGAACAGGAAGUUGACAUCAAAGCUCAUGAUGGUCAUUGACGAAACACCAGGGACACGAGAGAUUUAAUCCUGAGAGGGGCGAAGGUGGUCGGAGGAAUGAAUACUGUCGAUGGACGUAAGGGUGAGAGGACGGAGAGCAAUGGAAAGACUGAAGCCAAGGAGUUGUUACUGGUGAGGAGUCAGGGACAGGGAGGUGAAGGAGAAGCGGGACUAAGGACUACGGGCGAUAAGGCUGAAGUUUUCGGGAGAGAGCGCGGCAUGGGUGGCGGAGAGGAACUGGACAGACUCAUGAACGUCGGCUAUGAGCUGGCAGACAUGAGUAAUGAGCCUCUCCAUCAGCAAGUCCGAACGUACUCGUGAACGACAGAAGGCAUCCUCGACAUCCCUCCUACCAACAUGGAUACGUUUAUGAAGAAGAGAAUGUUUCCGUUGAUAUGAGGAAGGCAGCAUCUGCUCCUCGAGGCACCUCGGAGGAAAUGAAGUUGGGUGUUCCAUCGGGCGGUGGCGAUGACAAGCCUGGCAAGCACGAAAACCAUGUCGGGGAAAGAGGCAGACAGUAAUAAUGGACUACACAAAAUUCUUCUCCGUUAAUGCUUCUAGACGUAAACCUUCAUGGAUUGGACGGCUCAGGAAGUUUGCCAGCAGCCCAAGUGUGUUGUGGUUGGCGGGGGGGCUUCCAAACCCGUCGCGCUUCCCGUUCUCUGAGGCAAAGCUAACACUGAGGGAUGGCACCGUGGUCAACAUCUCCCCCGAGACCAUGGCUGCUGCUUUGCAAUACGGCAAUAAAGAAGGUAACGUGCAACUCUUGAACUACCUGUCGGACCUAACGCAGGGGCUGCACGCACCCCCAUGCUGGUCUCGGACCAAACAACUGAUAACCGUAGGUCAGGACGGCUUGGCCAAGGCCUUCGUCAUGCUAGUCGACCCUGGUGAUUAUGUAAUCGUCCCUCAGUUUUGCAGCAUUGGAAGUUUCUCUGAAUUAUCAGCUCUGAAUCCUCGCUAUAUUUCUGUUGAGGAAGACGAAGAAGGGAUGCUGGCAGAAGACUUAAGGUCAACCUUGGCCCAACUGGAAUUUCGACCAAAGGUCAUGUACGUGAGUCCUAGCAGCAACAGCCCCUCGGGAAAGAGGAUGAGUGAGCAACGCCGCCGAGCAAUCUACGCCAUUGCAUGCGAGUACGACUUCCUCAUUCUGGAAGACGACCCCUACUACUUCCUCCACUUCAAAGAUGACCUUCCACCAAGUUUCUUGAACCUGGACAACAAAGGGCGAGUGAUAAGAUUCGAUUCCUUCUCCGACGUUGUUAACACUGGGGUACUUACGGAGGUCAUCACAGGACCGGAACCCCUUGUUGAAAAGAUACUGCAGCAUGUGCAAGCUACAGUGCUCGGCGGGAUCGGUUUGUCUCAGGCCUUGUUCACAGAGCUAUUCCGUGCCUGGGGCGUGGACGGUUUCCUUCGCCACGUAAGGGAAGUGCGUCAACUUUACUGCAACAAGAGAGAUGCAAUGUUGAUGGCGGCGGAGAGGCAUUUGACUGGAUUGUGUGAAUGGAAUGUGCCUGAAGGUGGGAUGUUCUUAUGGCUCAAGGUUCCUGGAAUAAAGUGCACACAGGGUAUGUUAGCUAGAUGCUGUGCGGAUAAGAAUCUCCUCCUGGUUCCUGGAAACGCCUUCACUACCAACCCGAAGCUUCCUUGUCAGUACAUGAGAGCUUGCUACUCUACCGCCACGCUUGAGCAGAUGGACAAGGCCCUCAAAAUCCUGGCGGAUCUAAUAAGAGAGGAAAUUCAACGAGACAAGGAUUCACCUCACCAAUACGAUUUACUGUGAUGCAACUCGUCAUGGUAGAUUAGCAAUUUUUCUCUGUCUUUCCCAGAGUUCAAUCGCUUUGCUACUGACCUCUUUUCCCUCUCUUGUGGUCACCUGGAUCUGCAUAAGUCCCUCGAGGGCUUUUGUAUUUGUUUGGGUGGUGUGCAAUAAAGGAGUGGCCCAACACAGAGCUCCGAUCUUCUAGUGCACUGGAGAACGCAACCAGUCCGCCACUAGGGGGGGUCGAGUGUAGGCUCCUCUUUUCCUCACUUUUUCUCUCUAUCCAUCAUCCGACCCCUCAUCCCUCACCUCAAUCAUAUCACUCACCCGGUAUCUCACCAGACUCAUGCACAACCUUUGAAGAUAGCAAAACUUAAGAUCAAAGCUCUCGGUGGUCCCAUUCCGAGAAAAUGAGACUCUACCAAUGCACUUUCCAGUACAUAGAUCAGAGUUCUCCGGGACUUCACCCUACGUGACGGAUACCCGGCCCUGGUUGAGAACGACAUCCAUGCCGAGAAGCUCUUCUCGAAGGAUGUCGUCCAGACCCUGGGAAAACUUGGCUUCUCCCCUGUUCUUCCACUUGACAUGAAGGCAUACUUUGCUUGUUUUCAAGAACCUAGACCGGCAAAGUCGUCAACGAUUCGGAACUAGAUAUAUAAGGAGGAAAUUACCACCUCCUUCCCAGAGCCCACGAUGAGCAUAUCUACAUCAUGAAGCUCAACUACCUAAUCAAGGCCAGGUUCUCCGACCAUGCCAUAGCCAAGAAAUUCAAGGAGAAGGGGAUAUACCUCUUCAAGUUACAUGUUGCCCCCUGGUAAAUAGAAUUCGAGAGGUAUCCGCCCCUCAGGCAAUGUAUGAACCGUUUUGGCUAAGGAACCAUUAAAACUAACAGCAAGGCGGAGAAAAGAACGCGAUUCUAACACCCACUCCUUUAGGGACUGUAAAAGCUCCGUCAAAAAAUGCCUCAAGUGCGAAAGUCUCCCGGGAGAAGAGUAGGGAGAAAGAAAAAGAAAAAGAAACAAAGCCAUACAGGGCCGUGGCUCAAAAGGCUGCAGAGGAAACUGUGCAAGCCACCACCAAUGCUUGGAAGCUACUGAUUAACCAAGUCCGCCAGGAUAUAAAACACACCAAUUAUCCAUCUGCUUAACCUCAUUGUUUUACUUUCCUAUCUCCACACCUUUUGCUUACUCUCUUUCAACCCCCCACUGGUAGCGUAUCUCUUACUUAAAAUAAACCACAAAAGCUUUCUACUGUAUACUCUGGUACUUACUUAAAUCCAAAAACCAGCAUCAACACUUCCUUCAUUUUCGUUCGUUUGUUUAAUUUUGUUCCUUUUGUUACUCUGUUCAUCAUUUUCACCUUGUUUCUUUUACUAUAAUAUUACGUAAAAUGCUCCGUUUCGUUCCCCUCCUAAUUCCAAGUCAGACCCCCCCCCCCCCACGAAUGUUUUACUCACACCGCUUUAUUCUUUUAUCCCAAACCCGUCAUUCAUAUCACCUCAUCUCACAUCUCAUCUCACCCCCCCCCCCCCCCCCACAUGUCUCUAUCUAGACUUGUUUCCCUUUCAUCAUCCAUUGCCUCACGUUUUAUGCAUUGUCCCGUAUUUCUCGUUCUGCCACUGGAACUCUUUUUUUUUUACUCUUGCCUUAUUUUGUUUAUAGCAAUAUAAAACAAAAUAUAAGAUAUAAAACGAAGUUGAUUAACAAAUAAAAUAUAAAUAGAUAUCUAGAAAGUAAAAAAAAUCGUUCAGUUACGCCUUUUUCUCUUAGUUCCACUAAUCUAGUUAUUAUAAAAUAUAAAAUCAAUACAAAAUCAUAAAACGCAAAAACAAAAAAGUAAAACAUAAACAUAUAUAUCUAUCUA